AUGGGCGACAAGCCGAAUAGCUCGGGCUCUGGCUCGAGGCCACGCACAAGACAGAGGGUAUAUAAGCCUCCGCCGCCGCUGGAGGUACCGGAUAUCGAGGAGGACGCGGCAGAGAGAAAACGGAUAUUGAAUGUGCUGGCGCAACGGAGAUAUCGAGAAAAGAAGAGACAGAAGCGUAUGAGAGGGAGCAGCGACUCAAAAAGCACCUCACAAGAACCCGAAGAUGAACACGCUCAGCUGGUCGAGGAGAUGCCCGUCGAUACUAUAGAACCCGUCGACACCGGCAUUCAGAGUCCCGGCUCUAUCUUCGGCAUCGACAUGUGCUUUACCAACUGGGACAUGCUCACCGACCCGACUCUCUCGUCCAUGAUGCCCGAUGUAAUUGGGGUAUUUUCCGAUUUCCCCACGGCCGCGGCCGUCGAUGACGGGUCAAGUGGUGGCGGCGGCGAUGGUAUCCUCACGGCAUCCUCCUCGUCGGGCUCAGUCCCCCCGUUUACCACGAUGUCCAAUGUAAUGUUUGGUUCACCGCCAUCCCUAGAUAGCUCAUCAAACUCAUCGUCCGAUGUCAGCUUCCCCGACAGCUACCUCUUGCCCGUCCAUGAACUGACACUUCUGCGUGCCAUGCUGCGUAUAGCGGACCGGCUUGGAUGCAAGGGCUCACUUUGGAGCCUGGAUGCUCUGUCGCCCUUUAAUCAAGGAAUCGCGACACCGCCAGAUCAACUUCCCCGGCCAUGGCGUCCAACUCCCUCACAAGUUCUGAUCCCGCACCACCCGCUCUUCGACUUCCUGCCCUGGCCCAGCGUCCGGGACAAGAUCAUCGGCAUCCUCUCGCUCCCCGACGACGCCCGCCCGCCCACCGCUUCUGGCCCGCUCGCCCUCGUCAACUUCGCCUACGAUUUUGAGGACAAUGCCGAGGGCGUGCGCAUCUACGGCUCCGACCCUUACGACCCCAAUUGCUGGGAGGUCGGCCAGGUCUUGUUUCAGCGCUGGUGGUUCCUGUUUGAUCGGGACAUUGUCGACAACAGCAACCGGUGGAGGAGAUUACGGGGGGCGCCUCUGCUGGCUUUGACGGCUCCUGGUGUGGAAAACUAA